AUGCCUCCCAAGUUCGACCCCAAUGAGGUGAAGAUCAUCCACCUGAGAGUGACUGGUGGUGAGGUCGGUGCCCAGUCUGCCCUGGCCCCCAAGAUUGGUCCUCUCGGUCUGUCCCCCAAGAAGAUCGGUGAAGAUAUCGCCAAGAACACUGGUGACUGGAAGGGUCUCCGUGUCACCGUCCGCCUGACCAUCCAGAACCGUCAGGCCGCUGUCUCCGUUGUUCCCUCCGCCUCUUCCCUGGUCAUCAAGGCCCUCAAGGAGCCUCCCCGUGACCGCAAGAAGGAGAAGAACAUCAAGCACAGCAAGUCCAUCCCUCUGGACGAGAUCAUCGAGAUCGCCCGCAAGAUGCGCCACCGCUCUCUUGCUAAGGAGCUCAAGGGUACCGUCCUUGAGAUCCUCGGUACCGCUUUCUCUGUCGGUUGCCAGGUCGAUGGCCGCAGCCCCAAGGACGUCUCCGACGACGUCAAGGCUGGCGAGAUCGACAUCCCCUCCGAGUAA